UUUUUUUUUUUUUUUUUUCCGGGUUCGGAGCCAUUCCGGAUGCUUUAGGCUGCCGGAUGUCUGAUCUCCGGAUAACUGAGGCGUUUCUGUACAUGGAUUAUCUGGUUACAUUUUUUUUAUUGGGGUGAAAUUAGAGCUUUUUCAUUUUGGUGGCUGGAAAGUACACCCAGCUGAAAACCAUCAGCCAUUUAGACUCCAUGCUUCAUUUGAAUUGUGCUUCUGGACACAAGUCAAGGAUGACAACCUGUUUUCGAGCGCUUUGCUGCAAGGGACCACCACCUGCGCGCCCGGAAUAUGAUUUGGUUUGCAUAGGUCUCACAGGCUCUGGGAAGAGCAGUCUGUUGUCCAAGCUCUGCAGCGAAAGCCAGGAGAACGUCGUGUCAACCACAGGUUUUAGUAUAAAGGCAGUGCCAUUCCAGAAUGCCAUCUUGAAUGUAAAAGAACUUGGAGGAGCUGACAAUAUCCGGAAAUACUGGAGCCGCUACUACCAAGGAUCUCAAGGAGUAAUAUUCGUAUUAGACAGCGCCUCUUCAGAGGACGAUUUGGAAACGGCUAGAAAUGAACUGCACUCGGCUCUUCAGCACCCACAGUUAUGCACUUUGCCCUUUUUAAUAUUGGCCAAUCAUCAAGACAAGCCGGCAGCUCGCUCAGUGCAAGAGAUCAAAAAAUAUUUUGAACUUGAACCACUUGCUCGUGGAAAACGCUGGAUUCUGCAGCCCUGCUCGGUAGAUGACAUGGACGCACUGAAAGACAGCUUCUCUCAGCUCAUAAACUUGUUAGAAGAAAAAGACCUUGAGGCGAUGAGAAUGUGAAAUCUGACACACAAGAUCCCCGAAAGCCUUGAACCCACCAUGUUAGUUUCCCGUUCUGAUUUCAUGUUGGUGUCAAGACUGUCAUGGCUGCAGUAUAUAUUCUCCUCUAGCUAUUUCAGACUUUCAUCUCUCUGUUAAAGUGAAUUAGCGUCGGCAUUAACGUCCAGUACACACUACUGAAAGAGAACGUAUUCUCUGUUUACCACUAAUAAUCUUCAUGGCAUGUCUCUUC